GUUCAAGGCACAAAUGAUAGCAGUAUCAUCAGUAAAGCCUCAAUGGUGACCCAGGGAUAUUUUGAAGAUCCGUUCUAUGAAUAUUUUGUCAACAAACAACUCAGACGUGCCCCUUUAAUCAACAGAGGUUAUUUUAUUCGUGUGAGAACAGUGGAUCAUGUGAUCCAGAAUUUUCUACAGAGAUUUCCAGGAAGGAAACAGAUUAUUUCUAUUGGCGCUGGUUUUGACACUAGUUAUUUUAGGCUAAAAUCAAAACAACUUUUACGAGACACAGUUUUUGUUGAGAUUGACUUUCCAGAGUUAGUGAAAAGAAAACACAAUUUGAUUUCAUAUCAUAAAGAAUUAAAUGAACUUCUCAGUGAAAAUGUGGUCAGUAAUGAAAAAUCUCCACUCCUAGAGUUGAACACAGUGGACUAUAAAUUAUUAGGAGUAGAUUUAACUCAGUUGAAUAUUCUCGAUGCAGCUCUUCUGAUGUGUGGAGUAGAUUUUGAAUUACCUACUCUUAUUUUGUCAGAAUGUGUUUUAACAUACAUGACACGAAGAUGUUCUACAUCAGUAGUAGGCUGGGGUAGUGAAACUUUCUCUAAUUCAAUCUUUGUUUUAUAUGAACAAAUACAUCCUAAUGAUGCCUUCGGUCUUUUUAUGCAAAAUCAUUUCCAUAUGGUUGGUUCACCGUUAAAAUGUAUCAAUUCUUACCCAACUAUAGACUCACAGAAACAAAGAUUUCUUAAACAGGGUUGGAAAUGGUGUGAAUCAUACAAUAUGAACCAGUUUUAUUACAAACUGCUCACUGAAGAAGAGCGACAGAAAGUGGAAAAGUUAGAACCUUUUGACGAACAUGAAGAAUGGCACGUCAAGUGUAGUCACUAUAUGAUACUGAUUGCCUAUUCAACAAGUGAUAUACACAGCAUCAUGGUUCCUGAUCCUGGCUCCUUAGGUAAACCCAUGUGUUUAGGUGAUGCUAUACCAAAUAAAAUCAGCAUGACACGUGUUGAGUUAGGUGAUCACACCAUCAAAAGAUACAGCCAUAUUUCUGGUUACCUAGGCAACAAGCAUAUUUUGAUAUUUGGUGGUUUUGGUGAACAAGAUGGCCGUCAUCAGCGUCUGACUGAAAUUUAUGUUUAUGAUGUGGAAAACAAUAAAAUCUGCCCCAAGCAAUUGAAGAUGUACAACACAGAUUGUAAGUUGUAUCCCAGAAUGCAUUUGGAUGCAGUAACCUUGACCAAUGGCAGCAUUGUAAUAGUGGGUGGUCGAAAUUCUCCUUAUAAAGUCUCAAAAGGUGUCUUAGUUGUGUCUUUAGCUUCUGAUGAUAUGGACUCUCAAGCAGACAAUCCAAUUCAUAUCGAGAAUGAAUCAGGAAGCAUCCCAGAACCAAGAUGGCGUCAUGCAAUAUGUAGUGUUAUCAUCAAAGGUACAGAAUAUGUGUAUCUCUAUGGUGGAAGAACUAUGUUAAAUUUAUGCCUGAGAGAUUCUUAUUUAUUAAAUACUAAAACAGGACAUUGGAAACAGCUGAGUUUUAAAGGAGUUACACCAGGUUCUGUUCAAUCCCACACUCUAACAGUAUGGAAAGAUCAGAUAGUCUUGUAUGGUGGCCUAGAUGCUUUAAUACAGCCCUUGUGUUCUGUUUACAUUCUAAAUAUAGAAACAUGGUCAUGGAACCAACUUGACAUAACUGGAACACUCUAUCCAAGAUAUUCUCAUACUAGUCAUGUGAUUGGUGAUAAAUUGAUCGUAACUGGUGGCGUGAAUCUAUCCCACAAUCCACCAGGCAUUGGUGUUAUCAAUCUUCAAACAGGACAGAGUCAAGAAUUUAAAUUACCAGAAAUGGAAAAGGAGAAAAUGAUUUUAUUUCAUCAACAUUCAAGUGUGUUGUUGUCUGAGUCCAGGUUAAUGGUGAUUGGAGGAGGGGGCAAUUGUUUUUCGUUCGGAACCCAUCUCAAUAUUACCCCUUUUAUUAUUGGCCUGAAACCUAUUCUUGAGGAACAGCAAUUUCCGACUGAAUGA